CAUCUCUCCAAGCGAAGAUUUGUCCGAUAGAGCAGUGAACAGGUGAAAGUAAAGAACAUUUCGAGAAAAAUUUCUUCAUGGUUUGAUAGCGCUUUUUCUCAGGGCAUAACUGAAAGAUGAACGCGGGUAUCUUCUCGUUUUGGGGAAUUCAUCUCCUUUUUUGUUGUUUUUCAACUCUAUUCUUUGCCGGAAGACCUAUCGCACAUGCAGCUUGCAGCAACGGCUUCGAAGAAGAUUGCGAUGAAGAUAUGCAUCAUAUUGUCAGACGGGCCAUAUCAUAUCCUUCGACGGUGUCCAAGUCACUCAAAGUGGAAUUAAGCCCGGUGGUCCAUAAUAUCACCUACUACAACAUUGGCGACAAGAUUCAGUUCACCCUUAAUCUGACUCACAACCAAUCAGCAUCCGCUGACUUAGUAAAGCAACUUAAAGUCGUUCUUUGGUCCCAGUUUCUUGAACCUGAGCAAGGCUCUCUGGUCGGAGCUAUCAACGGAGUUGGGUACAAUUCAAGUGCAAUUUCAUUCGAGAUUGCAGACCUGGCAAGUGCAGCCGCGGUGUACGUCGCUUUCAACGCUACUGUUAAAAGCUCGAUUCAGCCUUUGGCAAAUCUCUACUUUUCUGUGUUGGUCACAGGUAAUGAUGGCAGUGGUAGUAAUUACCACUAUGGCCCUGCUUCCUCUCAACCAACCCUUUAUGCUGUUUUUCCGACGGUGUCGCUGUCCAGGAUUGACUAUUCGUACUUGUGGGUGGGCAACACGACAGGUUAUAGCAUGACCAUCACCAUGCCCAACUUGGACUUCUCCCUGCUCGUUGAGAUUACAACCAACAUCAACGACUUCUCUUUCAUGGAACUGCACAAUGUGAUGGUCAAGAGAGUGGGAACCAACAUAAAAACUGCAGCUUCACAAAUUGUUCAGCCCCCUACAGCUUCGUAUGACUCCAGCGAGGAAGUACCUUUCAACGAUCGCGCUGUUCUGGAUUUUGGUAACUUAACUGUCACCGGGAACGAUGAGUCCGAGAGAAAAAUUGUCAUAGAUUUCAAUGUGACCAUCAAAGAUCAUCCUAAACUGGCUAAUAACUCAAAACACUGGGUAGGUGCAGGCAUGCGCAGUGGAUAUCAGAUGCUGUGGGUUGGACAAGAGGCACUGUUUGUGUACAAGCAUGAGCCAUCGUUAACUGCCGAAUUCACAACCGUCAACGACACUGCCAGCAAUCGAUACCUGAUCGGAGACAAAGUGUCCGUUACCUGGGUUGUAAAACACAUGGAAAACACGUCUUAUGAAGACGCCAAAAACGUGAGAAUAUCAUUCUAUUCCAACACUCUCAGAAUUCUGAAAGGUGUUUACAACGAGUCAGGCAACGCGAACAAAGACCUGAAUAUAAUAGAUGGUUUUCGUUCGGAUGAAUCCUCCGUCCCGAAUCUUCCACAAGGCCAGGAGAUUACUGGAAAACUUGAUCUAGAAGUCAGUGACAAAAUCUCUCCUCUGGAGACCCUAGACAUUUUCAUGCAGCUUAAAUACCAGAACAUGAGAGGAGAUGAGAAGCUCAAUACCAGUCACCAGCCUUCCCCGCCUUACGUGGCCGGGGUUCCAGGAUUCUCAUUGAAACUCAGCGGCUCAUCCAAUCAGAUACGCAUAGGUGGCCGCGCCAAAUUUAAUUUCAGCAUCUUGAUGCGAAAAAUGAAGUCCACUUUGAAAGUAGAGGUCAUUCUUCCUGUGAACGGGACCUCAAUCAUGUCAUUGGUCUCGCUUGAAGUCAAAAGUGUGGGGAAAAAUAUCGUCAACAACAGCGGCAUUGACUUUAGCAACGUAAAGGCAACCCUCAACUCAACUGUUGGAGACACAAAACUUCACGAUCGUGGUUCGAUUGAUUUCGGUGAGGUCGUGAAUAAAUAUGGAGACUCGGACGCUCCCGAAAACAAGAUCGAGAUUGAGUUUGAAAUCGUUGUGAACGACCACGCCAACGUGACAAAUGGCUCCAAGCACUGGGUGGGGGUUGGGGUGAGGGGUGGCAAACGCAUGAUGUGGAUUGGUGAUGUGGCGCUCAUUGCUGACGUCCCCCAAGACAGGAGACCAAUCUUACAGAUUGAAGCUUCUUGCUUUUUGCAAGAUUCAAAGUUGGCUUGCAAAGAUUCGACCACUUUGAGUAACAGCUCUAAAGUUUAUUUCAAUGGAACAGUGUCUCAUCACGAAGACUCUCAGCAAUAUGCAGAAAAUGUUAAUGUGUUUUGGAUGCUGCCACCUUAUGUUACCUAUUCUGAUGCGAAUUACGACCCUGGAAUUAAUUACAUCGAGACUCAGCAAGGACCCAAGUUUAGCUUCCUGGACAAGAAAUUGCAUUUCUUGGACCGUUUGUCGUUCUCAGUCCAAGGGACGCUGGAUCCAAAAGGAAUAAUGCCCCCGGGUGAAAAUUACGCUGUGUCGCCGAUACAGCUGACAUACAGCCCCUACAGUCUGUCGGCGGUGUACGGUGCUCCACCCGUACCAGUCUCUUUUAAGUUCAAAUCAUCAGGUGAAAGUUCUCCGGAACAGACCCUUCCAGCCCUAGAAGAGAUUUAUACCAGAGGAUUUCUUGUUGAUGUAACUAAUGAUAUCUUAUACGUGUGCCAGAAAUCAAACGAGAGGUUACAGUCAAGUUGCUUCUCAACAGCCGACCAAGGUUUAUCCUGGACUGCUAUGGACCAACAAGUGGGAUAUGUCAUUGGUCAGGUUGGAAAUGACUUGUAUGGCAUUGCGCGCAACAACCGGGCGUACAUGCGCAAACGAGGCAAAGAAGGAGCCUGGUACGGAAUAGAAGAAAAUGUUUGGAAGAGCGCUAAGGGAAAUCCACUGUUGGUGGAGAAGAAGGCCAUUGAGGAAAAUCAUACCAACACUGGUGAUCCUGAAUCUGACUUCAUAAAGGGAAAGUGGGGAGGAAACGCUAAAGGAGUGUUGUUAAACGUUAGUAGCAGCUGGCAGUUGAAGGCUCAAUGGAAAUGCUGUGGAAAAUGAUCCAACUUUACUUCUCUUGGUAAAAGCUGCAGAUCUUGACAUCUAAAUGAUGAUUAAAUAUUUGGUAGAGAAUAUUCGUUCCAGCCCUGUAUCAUUGUCUGUUUGAGAGGUAUUUGCACAGAAAAAUCGCUCGGUUAGCGGUUAGCGGUACGUUUGAUACCAUUUAGGUAGACUCAUUUAUUCACACUCAAGUAACGGCAAAUGGUGCUACAUGGAAGUUUAAAAAAACCUGAUUUCGACUGCAUCGGGUGAGAAAAUUUAUAAUGUAAAUAGUAUUUUAAAAAGUCUUUGUAGACGAGGAUCACACUUGUAACCAUCAGCAAAUUGCGCAAGAAUACAUUGUCAGUGUCAGCUCAGCUUGUUGAGUAAACUUUUACUUAAGCUAUACAAAA